AUGACGACACCGGCGAGAAUGAAGACCAUUCUCAGCAGUCAGGUUGUGGAUAUCCCUGAUAAUGUGGAUAUCAAGUUGAAGGGGCGGACAGUCACUGUCAUAGGACCCCGUGGGAAGCUCGUCAGAGCGUUCAACCACAUAAACCUGGAGCUCUCUCUUUUGGGCAAAACUCACAAAAAGCUGCGUGUGGAGAAAUGGUGGGGUAACAGGAAGGAGCUGGCCACAGUUCGCACAAUUUGCAGUCAUGUCCAGAACAUGAUCAAGGGGGUUACUUUGGGUUUCCGCUAUAAAAUGCGUUCUGUCUACGCCCAUUUCCCCAUCAACGUAGUCAUCCAGGAGGGUGGAACGAUGGUGGAGAUCAGAAACUUCUUGGGGGAGAAGUACAUCCGCAGAGUCCAAAUGAGGGGUGGUGUGAUGUGCACCACAUCUGCUGCCCAGAAGGAUGAGAUUGUUCUGGAGGGUAAUGACAUUGAGCUUGUGUCAAAUUCAGCUGCUCUGAUCCAGCAAGCCACAACAGUAAAAAACAAGGAUAUCAGAAAAUUCUUGGAUGGUAUUUACGUUUCUGAGAAGGGAACAGUUGAUGAACCUGAACAAUAA